AUGUCGUUCCUGGGUGGUGCGGAAUGCUCCACCGCGGGGAACCCUCUGACGCAAUUCACCAAGCACGUCCAAGAUGACAAGUCCCUCCAGCGAGAUCGGCUAGUCGGCCGGAGCCCAGGCAUGCAAGAAGGCAUGCGGUCACGGGGCAUGAUGGGCGGACAAGACCAGAUGAUGGAUGAUUUCAUGCAACAACCAGGCCAGCAAAUAAACGGCCCCUCGCCACAACCCUUCGCUAUGGAGCAUAUGCGCCGGGAACUAGAGAACUUCCAGACCGCGCCGCCGCGCACGGGGUCGCCCGGCUGGGCUGCGGAGUUCGAUCCGGGCGAGCAGGCGCGCAUGGAUGCUGCGUUCCCCGGCGCGCAGAUGAACAAUGGAUCCGGCUUCACGCCCGCAGAGUUCGCGCGCUUCCAGCAGCAGAAUCGGAUGGGCAUACCCCAGACGCAGAGCCCCGCUACGUCGGCCACCCCCCGCUCAUGGCGGGGUAUCAGCGGCCGAUGGGAAUGGUCGCCGAUGAUGCAUCAGCCGAUGGAGGGACAGACGCAGGACAAGGGCAAGGGUCGGAUGGUCGAGCUGGACGACGAGAACUGGGAAGCGCAGUUCGCAGAGAUGGAGACCGCUGGAAAUGAGAUCCAGACAGAUGAGGAGGCCAACGCGGCGAUGGAGGCGGAGCUAAACGAGCUGGACAGGUCAGUGCCCACCUCCAAUGACGCCUUUGAGACCGUGUGGGACCGCAUCCAGGCUGAGACGGCAGCGAGCAGAAAAUUAGUUGAGGAAAACGACUUUGAGGUUACGGACAGCGUACACGUCGGGGACUUGGGCGAUUGGGAGGGCUUCGACAGUCUGAAUACUCGGUUCCGGGAUCCCCAGUUGGGCGACUACAUGUUCGAGGAGGAUAACGUGUAUUCCGCGGUGAACAAUCCGUUUGAGGAGGGUGUGAAGAUCAUGCGCGAUGGCGGCAACUUGUCCCUGGCUGCGCUCGCUUUCGAAGCUGCGGUCCAGCAGGAUCCUCAGCAUGUGCAGGCGUGGACGAUGCUGGGUUCUGCGCAGGCGCAGAACGAGAAGGAGCUACCGGCCAUCCGGGCUUUGGAGCAAGCACUCAAGAUUGACCAAGGUAACCUCGACGCACUGAUGGGCUUGGCCGUCUCAUACACCAACGAAGGCUACGACUCAACUGCCUACCGCACCCUUGAGCGCUGGCUAUCCAACAAGUACCCUUCAAUCAUCGACCCGAACGAAGUAUCCGGCGAUGCCGACCUCGGCUUCACCGAUCGCCAGCUGCUGCAUGACCGCGUAACCGAGCUCUUCAUCAAGGCCGCACAGCUGUCCCCCUCCGGCGCUCAAAUGGAUCCCGAUGUCCAAGUCGGCCUGGGCGUCCUCUUCUACUGCGCUGAAGAAUACGAUAAAGCCGUUGACUGCUUCUCAGCAGCCCUGGCCUCGACUGAAUCUGGCUCCACCAACCAGCGCGAGCAGCUCCAUCUCCUCUGGAACCGCCUCGGUGCGACCCUCGCCAACAGCGGCCGCUCUGAGGAAGCCAUCGAAGCCUACGAGCAGGCCCUCACCAUCAACCCCAACUUCGUUCGCGCCCGCUACAACCUCGGUGUCUCCUGCAUCAACAUCGGCUGCUACCCCGAAGCUGCACAGCACCUGCUGGGGGCUCUAUCCAUGCACCGCGUCGUCGAGCAGGAGGGCCGCGAGCGCGCGCGCGAGAUCAUCGGCGGUGGAAGCGGGCCCGACGGGCUGGACGACGAGCGGCUCGAGCGGAUGCUGCAUAUUAGCCAGAACCAGAGCACGAAUCUGUAUGACACGCUGCGCCGCGUAUUUAGCCAGAUGGGGCGGCGCGAUCUGGCAGACCAGGUUGUCGCCGGCAUGGACGUGAAUGUUUUCCGGAAGGAAUUUGAGUUCUAG